AUGAACUCGCCGGUAUUAUUUAUCUUAUUUUCCAGUUUUCUUUAUUGUCCAGUACUCUCCGAAGACUAUUAUGAAUUAUUAGGAAUAGACAGAGACGCUAGUCAUAAGGACAUUCGGAAAGCGUUCAAAAAGUUAGCCCUAAAACUGCAUCCUGACAAAAAUAAGGUAAGCGUACGCGUGAGACUAAGGAUUGUAUCGCCAUAUCUUAAUCAUUGAUUUUAAUAACUGUACUUCGUAAAUAUCGAAAUAUUUUCUUUCCAAAGGAUGAUCCAAAGGCACACGACAAGUUUACUGUGAUAAACAAGGCUUACGAAGUUUUAAAAGGUAGGCGACAUUUUCAACAGAGUAUAUACUUUUUUCACGUGUUAACUGAAGUUGUCCUGUUCUAUAAUUUUAUCAGCUGGUUUCAAUGUUUUCCAAAGCUCUAUUGAAGCUCUUUUUUAAAUCUGAACAGCGCUUCGGAAGUUGUGAUUUUUUCAUGAGUUCCAUUGCAUUUUUGGCUUAUCACACUGAAAAUUAAUGAGAGUGAGCCUAUUUCUUUUAAUUUCUCUGAGUAUUAAUUAUUUUUCAUAAAGUUUAUUUUACUCGUAGAUUUAAAUUAAUUCGUUCGUGCAGCUAAAAAAACAUAGUAUUUACAUCUAGACAGUGUUGGUGUGUGAUUUGCUUUGGUUGAGAUAAAACUGAACAUCAUACUGUGUGAUUCUUGAAACCGUCGCCUAUGACAAAGCUUUCGUCGAAAUUAGUAAAACAUUUUAUUAUUCACGAAGAAAUGAAUCACAGGUUCGAAACAUGAGAAGAUCAUUGCUAAUAACGUUCAAGAUGGCCGAAUUGUAUCUUUUAAGAGUGAUGCAAGCUUGAGGGAUGUUAUUAAAAUGAGAAGAUAAUUAGCUUUAUGAAACGCAGCAUGCAAUGUUCUGUUUAUUAUUUGUAUGUCAAAGAAAUUUAUUCAGGCUAAUGGAAGACAAUCUUAAUGGCAAAUUUUAGGAACACAAAUUAUGUUGUUCACUUAAAUUUAGACGUAGCUCACAAAACUUACUUGUCCACAUCUGUGAAAAAUUUGUGAAGCAGCUUUACUCUGCAAGUCCAAAUAUAUUUUCGCAAACAAAUAAAAAUAGAAUUCAGUGUUAGUGAUGUUCAUUAGGAAAAAAAGCCAUUCAUAAUCUGGAACAAAAAAAUUAGAAUGAGACUAUUUGAGGUAAAUUGAACACAGGUAAAUUUGCGAUGGUAAUAGGACUGAGUGGAGUCCAAUUCAAUCUGUAUUAUCAUAAGUGAGUGACAAAACUGGAGAACUACAAAGGCGGAGUCCAAUUUGUUAAAAACAACUAUGAUUACAGACAGAAUUGGAUGACACAAAGUCACAUUAACAAUAAAUCAAAACUAUGACAAAAUUUGAGAAACAAACUAGCCAUUGAUCAUACAUUUCAUUAAAAAAAAAAAUAGUCAACUUAGGGAAAUGCACAACAAUAGUGCAUGCACAUGAUGCAUACUGUUGAAUUACACAGGCAUUGAUGCAUAUACUGUCCUCUCAGUGCCCAAGUCGGGCUGGUGAUAACCAAUCAUGUUUGAGAAUUUUGUUAUAUUUUUGAUUAGAACCAGCAUAAUGUUGAACAAUGUUCCUUAAAAGUGAAUGAUUAUCUUGCAUUUCUUAACUCCAUUCUAUCUUAACUUAUAGAUGAAGAACUUCGGAAAAAAUAUGAUUUAUAUGGGGAAGAGGGGUUGAAAGAUGACCACUUUGGCGGAGGACAUUACCAGAGUUGGAAUUAUUUUAAUGAAGAAUUUGGUAAGUUCACAUGUUGUUGUUUAACCUAACAAAAAACGAUUUUGCCAAGUUGGAAAAAAAAUAAUCAUACUGAGUCAAAAUACCUCUUACUAUCGGAGCAUAAGGGCUGUAAGCCUUUAUACAGGCCCAGGUGGCCCAUGGGGCAGGCGCUUAACUCCGGUUUCCAUAGCAUGAAGUGGCUAGGAGUACUGCUACUCUCCCCUGGAUGAGAUGCUAGUCCAUCACAGGGUUACCCCCAGCACAUUUGCUUGUACCCAUUUGUACACCUGGGUGAAGAGAAGCACUGUGAGAGUAAAGUGUCUUGCCUAAGAACACAACACAAUGAUCCUGGCCAGGGCUCGAAACCUGGACCACUCGAUCCUGAGUUGAGCGCACUAACCAUGAGGUCACCAUGCCUCCCAAUAAGGAGCAUAAGGCACAUAAGGGCUGUACCAGGGAAUAUUGGUGCCAGGUUGUGGCAGUAGAGACCUAGCACAGAGGGGUCCAUAUAAAAGAGGCUAAGGGCUAAUAUUUCCCUGUAUAGCAUGAGCAAGCAAGGUAAGUCAGUAGUUUAAUACGUGGCACUCAGACCAGGUUGGUUUAUCUUGAAUUUGCUGGCUUUCUUGGACAAAAAUACACAGUUUGUAUCUGGCAAAAUCUUACGAACCAAUCAGAUUGCUUGGUUUUACUUCAAAACUACCUUGCCAUAUUUGGUGAUUAACAUUUAUUUACAUUUUCAGUAGUAGAAAAUUAUUGGACUAGUUUUACAGCAUUAUUUGUAAGCUAACGAUAAUUUGUUGGUAGUUAUUUGGGAUUAAUGUAGUUGGCUCUUGGCCAACAAAAAGAGAGGAAAAAAAUCAACAGAAUGGUAACAAUAAUUUUCAUCCUUGUGCUCUUCUUGCAGGGGAUGUCUUGUCCUCUGUUACAGACCUUAAACUUGCUUUCAACAGCUAGGCACUGAAAAGUGCCACCUCUUUUGAGCAGAGCCCUUUAAGUGUAUUUUGUAAGUCAGCAAUGGGUAAUCACCAGUAACAUUGUGUUCAUAACACACACUCACUGUAUGUUUUUUUUUAAUAAUCUCUUCCAGGUAUUUAUGAUGAUGACCCAGAGAUUAUCACUUUAAGCCAUUCAGAUUUUGGUAAGUUCAGUGACCUUAAAUCAUGCAUGAUUGCCUUACCAUCAUUUUGUUCAAUAACCACAGAUUUCCCCAACAGCUAAGUGACACUUGUAGUUUAGCCUUGUAAGAAGAGGUUAUGUUUUUGUGUGAAGGUUUUAUUGUAGAAGUGUAAUUUUGUGGGUUCUCUUUUAGUCAAGAACACAUCAAAGUAGCUCCAAUCAAAGCCAGAAUUCUCAUAACAUUUAAUCCAGAGUCCAGGAUGCAGAACAUGAAAUCACAGUAGAUAUACUGGGCUUUAUUCUAGAAGUACUAGUCUUAUUAAAAUUUUUUCAUUUGUGUUAUUUAGAGGUGUCAGUUGAUGGAAGUGAAGACAUAUGGUUUAUCAACUUUUAUUCACCUUUCUGUUCACAUUGCCAUGAUUUAGCACCAACAGUAAGUUGUCUUCAUAGCAUGGCUACUUAAUUUUUGGAGUAAUUGUGAUGUUUUGGUUGUAAUUUUGUUAUAUUGCAUUCAAAAACAACAAAUUGGCAAAUGCUUGAACAGAAGGUUGUUGUCAUGCUGUUGAAUAUUUUUUUUCCAGUUUGUGUGAAAACCUGGUGGGAAGGAGGUUACUCUUCAAUAGAGUUUUGAUGCAUGUAGGAAUCUUGUAAGGAUGACUGGAAUUCCUACAGUUUGAUGUAAUUGUUGGAAAUUUCUCUUCACAGUGGAGAGAAGUUGCUCGGGAACUUGAAGGAGUGAUCAGAUUUGGUGCUGUCAACUGCCAGGAAGAAUGGAAUUUGUGUCGACGACAAGGGAUCCCUAGCUACCCCUCCCUUGUGCUUUAUCCUACAGUGAGUCCAUACAGUUUUCAUUGUUCUUAAAAAAGUUAUGUUUUGUAAAAUUUACCAUCAUAUCUUCUGUUGAAUUUGAAAUUGUUUCUUUGUUAUUGAGGCCUAUUUUAUCUUUUUCUACAGCAUGAAUUCCAUCGUGGUCCAAGAAAUACAGAAGCCCUUGUUAAAUUCAUACUGGACAAUCUGGAAGUUAACCUUUUUGAUUUAUGGGAAGGUAUGUGCCUCUUUAUUAUUUUGCUACCCUGAGAUCUGAGAGUUGAUUUUUUCACUUGAUGACCAGACAUUUAGGGUUUUUUUUUUUAAGGCAAAUUAAAGCAUUUAUUUAAAUCUGAUUUGCGUUACAAUCACAGGUAACUUUGAGAAGCAGAUAAACAAAGGCAACGAACCUUGGUUGAUUGACUUUUGUGUUGCUGGAGGAGGUGAGGAUUCUUUUCCUUGCAGAUCUGAAGUAAAUUUCCAGUAUUUCUACAAUCAUUGUGUUUGUGUGUUUUCCAAAUAGGAUUAAUUACAAAUAAAUUUCUCAGUUAUGGAAUGUACUUUUUUAUUUUUCACACAGACUGCCUUGACUCAGAUACCAGAAUUAAACUUUCUGCUAUUCUGGUAAGAACUAAUUAUAACAUUAUUAUUUGCAAUGAUUAUAAUCAGAAGCAUGUAUGCUUCUGUUGCAACAAAAUUGACUGCCACCUGGGUGUCUUUAAGUUAGCAAAUUAUUGGUAGAGUGCCAGUGUAGUAUAAGAAACUGAGGGUUGAAGCCCUAGAUAAAAACAGUACUCCUUUGACCAUAGAAAGUUGGAGGAGUUUGAAUGUGCUUCAUGUAUCUUUGUGACCUGCAAUCAACUGGUUAGUUAACCCUUUCACUUAGAAGAUCUGAUUGUUACUUCUCCCCUCUGGCUGCUACAUGUUUCAUUGUAAAUUAGCUUCCAGAAUUUGAUGUUAGAUCAAGAAAACAUCUUCUACCUGAUAAGUUUGAAUAUUCUCAUAACUUCUUUGCUGGAUAGUGCAUGGAUUUUGUAGGGAGAAAUUACUUGCUGAUCAACGCAGAGUUAAGAGUUAAGUGAUUUUGGAUAAGGGCUAAACUGCAGAGCCAAUCUCCUGCAUCUUGAAAGGAGUUGUUGGUGGGGGAUUUUGUAGCCUUAUGAAGUUUCUGAAAAGAGUUAAGGAUAUAUAAAGUUUGCAGUGUUACUGUCUGGUCUUUGAAUGGGUCUUGGCAAAUCCACAUUUCUAAGAAAUCUGAACAGCAGCAUGAACUUUUAUCCUAAGUGACAACAACUCUCUGAUGUAUCUGCUUCAAAAUCAUGGCAGGAUAAGUUAGGAAGCUUUAUUAUCAGUCCGCACCUAAUGCUGUAUGUGAUUUCCAGGAUAAUUUGGUGAAUAUUGGUACUAUUGAUUGUGAAGCAAGUUCCCAGCUGUGUAAAGAUGUUGGCUACAGUGAUGACUUGGUGUACUUUAAGGGAGAUGUUGAACCAGGCAAAGGAGAGGUACGUAAGCUGCUUUGUGACCUGGUGAUGGUCUGAAAUUCAGUGUGCUAAGCUCUAGGUUGUUGCGUCUUCCACCUGUGGCACAGUGUUUCCAACAACCCUUGGAAAAAAAGUGACCCUCAAGGGAUUAUUUAUCAUAAUUUACAAAUUUAGUUUGCUUCUUAUACUUGUCAUAGGUUAUUGACAGUUUAGAUGCCCAUGAAAUUGUCAGUAUGAUUUUAAAGAAGCUUCCUGAUCCUGUUAAUAUAGACUUGAAGAAAUUUGAGGUGAUGUAUAGUUUGCUAAUUGUUCAACAUUGAAUGAUGUAUGAAAUGUAAUAAGACAAAAAUUUGUACUGUUGACGGCAACUUACAACCUUAAUGCUCUCUGAUUGAGUUGUCUGAUUAUCUGCCUAAGAGUGUUCCUUAAAAAGACUGCAGUAGAAGAAAGAGCUUACAAGUGAAAAACAAAGAGAUUAUGAAUAGAAAAAAAGAGGUUAAUGUUUCAACAGCCUGAGGAGAAGUCAUCAUUGAAGUCAGGUGAUGACUGUUGCUGUCACUGUUUGUUUUUGACUGACAACAGUUCUUUUUAGAUCAACUGUUAGCACUGGCUUGAAACAAUUCACUGUUUAAUAAGUGUUAUUUGUUCUUAGUUUAUUACUUCUUUCUAGGAAAUCUCAGAAUUUCUACAAGUAGUUAAGAGAUUUCCUGUUACUGUUAUUUUUGUAGGAACUUAGGGAAGAACUCUCCCGUACUACUGAUCUUCCUUGGGUGCUGCAUUUUGACAGAGGGCCAAUGAACAGCAUGGAAAUAAGAAAGCUGCCAGCAUUUACUUCAGAUAUUAACGUAAGAUCCUAUCUCUCUUCAGUUUUGGUUUUACCACACCCAGUCAAAAAGCUCACUGAUGCGUUAAGGUUAGGGAAAGACUUGACAUAACCCAGCCAAGUGACUUAUUUGGCCAGAGUGACUUAGGGUGUUGCUUCUCUCCCCAGGAUGGGAUGCAGGUCCAUUGCAUUUUAUCCCCCCCUCCCCUUCCUUCCUUCUCCACCACAGCAUUUGAUUAGAUUUCUCUGACAGUUCACCAAUUCUCAUUUAUGCUCUUGGGUGGAGAGAGGUCUAGUGAGAGUAAAGUAUUCUGUCCAUGAACACAACGCAAUCACCUGGCCAGGUCUCGAUCCCAGACCUCUUUACCCAUGGUUCAGUGCGCUGACCGUCAGGCCACCGCGUCUCCCAUCCAUUAACCCUUUACACCCUAACAUCAGUAUGCAUAUUCUCCUUACAGUCUUCCGGAUAUUUCCCAAUGUUCUGAAAAGGAGAAUUUGUUUCAUAAUCAAGAGCUUCUCUAGCUGGUGAUCAUUUCCUUUAUUCUCGUAACCUAAACCUGUGAAUUUGGGAGAUAUUGUAAGGAGAAAUUAGAUGCUCGUCACUCUUAGGGGCUAAAGGGUCAACGAAUUAUGCGAUAGCGACUUAGUGAUUUUAAAAAUGGUCGACCAGUAAGAGGUUAUCGUCUGACGUUGUUGUUCGUUGUUCUUAUCCAUAGGUUGGUCAUGUUGAUUGUAGCAAAGAAGUAGAGAUAUGUCGGCGAGUUCAUAUCAGAAAGUUCCCCAUGGUGGCCCUGUUCAAAAUACAUGGAUACUAUGAGUGGCAUCAUGGUAAUUGAUAUUCGACAUAUUCUCCUUCGCAACCGUUUUUGGGGAUGUUGGAAUGUCACGCAGCUCUUUUCCUACUCCCCAUUCCUCCCCUCGAAAAGAAGUUUUCGCUCACAACCUAACUACAAAUCUCUUUUUGGGGUAGCAUCGCUUGACAUCCUUAGUUACGGUGGCUCGCUAACUGAUCGCAUACUCAGGAGUAAAAAUACCUGUUAUCUUGAAUACUUACCUUCUCACUUUUGUCUCCAAUCGGUUUGGUCACAAAUUAAUCCUGCUUUUUUUUCUGUGCUUGUUAUCAUGUUAUACUUUACGACCCCCUUUUCGUUAUUUAUUUACACUCACGAUGCUGUUGAAAUCGCUGAUCCAACAGCAUUCAGGACGUUUGUCUUUCUUUAACCUGACAAAUGGCGUAGGUCACCAACGACUUCUCUGUAACACAGUGGUAAAACAUUGAAGCGCAAACCCAUGUAGAUCCGGAGCCGAUUCUGUGAGGUGGUGGGUGGGUGGGGUACUCAAAUUUUCCUUUUUCGCACUGCUAUAAACUUUCUGUCUUCCUCAUUUGAUGUAUUCUUCUGUCUUUUCAACAGGUCGCUUCACUGCACAUGAUAUUGCUGUUUUUGCCAAAGAGAGUGCUUCUUCCAGCGUGCAGACCUUAGGACCUGAAGACUUCCCGGCUAAAAUCACUAAACCUAAUCAGCCAUUUUUCGUUGAUUUCUUUGCUCCAGUGAGUGAACAGUUUUGUACGUUUGUAUGUAUUGGCGAUAUUUUGACAGGUUGGCCCAGUUUAUCUUAAAGCUGGUUCAAACGGGGGCCUGUGUUUACAAGAACAAGGUCAGAUCACCUUAUCACAGGGAGUUACGUUCCCUACUCUUCGCGACAAGUGCGUGGGUUCUUUAACGUCACUUGCUAACCAGUACAGUGCAGAUGUAGGAGACGGUACCUACGUGGGAAAUGUUUCUGUCUAGAAAGUUCACUGGAGUUUCGUGCAUGUGUUUUUACAGCUGUUUAAAGACGUGUUUUUCAUUUCUUUUACUUUCCUUUUUCAGUGGUGCCCGCCUUGCAUGCGUCUUUUGCCUGAAUACAGAAAAGCAGCUCGAUCAUUUGAAGAUCACGAAGUUGGUUUCGGUACCGUGGACUGUACUAUUCAUUCUAACUUAUGUCAUAUGGUAAGAACAUGACCUAACAAUGAUACUGAAAAAACUUUUAUUCCGCCAUCCUCUUCCAUCUUUCUCUGGGUAGCAAAAGGGGACACCCUCAUCCCAUUUCACGCACGAAGUUAAGAAAACUUCACACGUCAUGUAUAUAGAGGGAGAACUUCAAAUCUCUCCGCCUGUUUAAAAUGUUUCGGGAAAUCUUGAGAUUUUCAUGAACUGGAAGAAAACAUUCACCGGUCACAUAUAUUUUAGAAGGCAAAUCACGCUCGCCUUUCCGCAAAGUUCACUAGUCACAUUUUGGCUUUUAUCACGCGUCACGUCGAAACCCUCUGUCUCGCAUUCACACGUGACUAUAAUCUUGUGGAUCUUCUGAACAGGCCGUUCCUCUAACGCCUUCUUGUAAUAUUCUCGUGGUGACUCGGCUUACAUACUGCACUCGUGUAGCCAAUCAGAACAAAGAAGAAUAUUACAAAAAGCCAAUGAGGACUCAAAGUAAAAAAAAUAAGUUUACCUGAAGCGCGGGAAAAAGGCGAGUUAUUAAGUAACGAUUGGUUUUAGUCUUGAAUUUGAUUGGUCGAGAAAGUGGCGCGAGUUUCCAGGGCCAACCAGAGAGCAAAGAUCAGCAAAACCAACGUAACCCAGGUUUACCGCCCUUUAAAUCCGCUUUAAGUAAUCGUGAGUAAUCUUAGUUUUGUAUUCUUGUGUAUGUGUUGUUAGUAAUCAGUGAGAGAAUGUAACUGCAACGAUAUCGCACAUGUAUCACAUAAUUACUUUUGGAUAAUUUUCUUCUUUAUAUUUCAGUAUAACAUACGCUCCUAUCCAACGACGAUAUUAUACAAUAACAGCCUUCCUCAUCAAUUUACGGGCCACCACACAGCAGCUGAUUUGGUGGAGUUUAUCGAGGUUAGUUUUAUCACACGUCGCACGAUACUGUCGCGUCAACGAACUUAAGCUAAGGUUAGGCUAAGCGCGGGAAAAGAGCGUAUUUCGAUUAAAUUUGGUAAAAGCAAAACCAAAAUUGUCACAACAACCAAUCAGAACAAAGGAAAAUACAACAAGGAGCCAAUGAGCAGUCAUAGUAAAAACAAACCUCAUGAAGCGCGGGAAAACGCGUGUGAACAAGUUACAACAGGCCUUAAGUGUACUGUUGAAUUUUAAUCGGAAGAUAUUCUCAAAACACUGUUAUCAAGAGAAAACUUCUUCACGAAAACAGCAAAAAAGUAACAACGAUUUAUGAGUGUUUUAGUACAAGCAGAGAAGGCGGUGAAUUUUCAGUAAAUGACGUCAUUGCGCAUAAGAGGCAUUGGUGUAAGUUUUGCAUCUGAGUGGUUUGCAGAAUGGCGCGAGUAUUAGGAUUCCUCUCGACUCUCAAUAGAAAAAUUGAAAAGUGCCGCGGUAGGAUAGGCUAAAAAUGUUCGAUGUUGUUUCCUCGCCAUGUUAUGGCGAGUAGCCAUAAUAAUAAUCUCUGUCUCGUUAUUUCAGAACACCAUGAAACCUUCGGUUGUACAGCUGACGCCUGAAACAUUUAAAUCACUGGUUGGGGAAAGGAAGAACGGUGAAACAUGGCUGGUAGAUUUUUAUGCACCCUGGUGUGGACCGUGUAAUGAACUGGCUCCUGACUGGAACAAACUUGCCAAGGUGCUGAAAAUGAAACACUUAUUUUCCUAUGCUUGAUGAAAUGAUGCUGAUGAUGAUAAUGAAAUUGAUUUUAUAUUUAUAAGUGAAAUAAUAAUGAAUAUAACAGUUUUAUUAAUAACGAGAAUGAUAGUGACGAUGAUGUUAAAAGUAGUACUAAUGAUUAUGAUAAUUAUGAUAAUAAUUAAAAACGAUAUUGAUAAAAAAUAAGAAAGAAAUGAUAGUGUUUUAUGAGGAAGCCCAGCGGGAUGUUAAAGAACCUCUUAAUUACGAUAAAAUUGGAAAACACUCCGAGAAACUGUAAUCACCUACAAUACUUCGUAAUUAGUUUAACUUAAAGCACGUAUCAGUUACGGACUUUUUGCAUAUGAAUAUAGUAGCUAGCUCAAUUCUUUGGUUUGAUGAAAGGGCGGAAAGCAACUUGUUCAUUAAAUUAAUUUUCUUCAUUUGACGAAUCGAUUUACACGCCCAUUUUCAUUGGUUGUAAGUGAUGAUCUAUUAGAAGACAGACGCACAGGUGACAUCACCAUUAACAACAGUUUGCUUUUUAUCAUAUAAAAGGAAGACUCCAUGUUGUCGUGGGUCUGUUCAGUGAUAGAUCACUGAAGACGUCGAAAUGUGGUACGAGCGUCGGUGGCGCUCUCGGCUGCGCUUCGUGAGCACAUCUUGCCGUCAUCUGAAAUCUAUUGCUGUAAAGAAGCACGGCGACAUGGAAUGUGUUUGCUACUCGACAAUUAACCCUUUAGACACUAACAUCAGUAUCCAUUUUCUCCACACUGUUCUCUAUACAUUUCCUACAGCACUGACAAAGAGAAUUUGUUUAACAGUCAAGAGCGUCUUUAGUUGGUGAUCAUUUCCUUUAUUCUCAUGACCUCAAUGUUUGUUUUAGGGCUGAUACUUAUAGGAGGAAAUAGUUACUAAUCACUCUGAGGGGUUAAAGGGUUAAGGAAUUUCUUGCUUGUCGACUCGGCGGCCAGUCGUAGAUUUCGUUGGAUGCUCCGAUGAAAAUCUCUCAGAGGCAACAAGUUGAUGUUGAUUUUAUACUCUUCUUUUUGCAGCAAAUGCAAGGAGAAGCUGGUGUUGGGUCAGUGGAUUGUCAAAAGUAUCGAUCCUUUUGCCAAGAGCAAGGAGUGAAUUCAUACCCCACCAUUCGUCUUUAUCCUCACUAUUCCCAAGGAUCCCGUAACUACGUGUGAGUACUUAGUAGAUUUUUUUCUGGAACAGUUGUCAUCUUAGUUUCGAAUUCGGGUCAACACAGUGGUUUACGAUUCCGUUUUGUGAAUUUUCUCAGGGGCCAUCGCGGCUGGCGGGAUGUAGAUUCUCUAUACAGCUGGGCAUUCAAGUAUCUUCCUUCGCUUGUAACGCAGCUGAAUUACCAGGCAUUCAUGGACAAUGUUGUCGACAGCGAGGAUCCCUGGAUCAUAGAUUUCUACGCCCCUUGGUGUGGCCACUGCAUACAAUUUGCUCCCCAUUACGAAAAAGUGGCAAAGGUGAGCCAGUUUGGAAACAACUUCGUCUCAAUAUAUAUAUAUAAAGAACAUAUUAGUAGUAUAUCGUAUAUCGUUCUUCCAUAUCACUCUGUAGCGGGGGGGGGGGGAGGGAGCGUGCGAUACAGCAAAAAUAGCAUAAGAGUAAGGUAAUGAUUCGUUAAGGCUGUACAGCAGCUUCACUCUAAAAUCUUUAAGGCAAUAGAGGUGUUAUCUCAAGGGGCACUGAGAUUUGCCAUUUUUGCGGGCCUUUUACGAGUAUUUCAGUUGGACAAAUAUGGAUUUAACCGUGAAACCUGAGCACCUUUGUUAGCUUCUAAGUCACUGAGAAGGGGAGAAACUCGCCUUCUCCUUCCCAGACUUCGCGCGGAUAAUAAGGCACGAGUAAACGUCAGAGGCUGAACUGAUGUGUUUAUAUUUCAAUUUCUUGUAGUUGUUAGAGGGACACGUCAAAACUGGUAAAGUGGAUUGUGAACAGGAGUACCAUCUGUGCUCAGAAGCUGAUGUGCGAGCAUACCCAACUGUCAAGUUAUACCUUGGGUCACCAGGAUCUGGAAUGAAUCAGGUAGCAAGUCAACUCGCACUUAAAAGAAAACUGUCAUUUUAAAAGCGUACGCUCAGAGCGCCCAGUGAUGUAUAUUUUUUUUUUCGUAGACAUUUUAAUUCUUCAUUCCUACAUUCUUAGCCAGCAUGGCGAGCGGUAUCGUGCGUACGUUUUAAGGAAGGGAAGCCUUCGCGAUUCCCGACUCAUUUUCACGGGCUCGCUCCUUAGGCUUCAAAGCACGCACCAUACCGCUAGCCACGCAGGCUAUACAUUCUCAGCUUUAAAAGGGGACAAAAGCGUAUCUUCAUUAUUUUUUUAGCCAGUAAAUGGACACAUGAAUAUAGACUCUCAAAACCCGAAUGAGAUACGGGACAUUGUACUUCAAGCUGUGGAGGAAUACAAGGCUGACUUGGAAGACGAAAAAAGAAAGAAGACAAAGGCAAAGACAAAGACAAAAAAGGUGAGAUGUUUGUAUUAUCCUUUUGCACUUUGUUGUCUUUAGAUGUAUUUGUAAUUAUUGUCAUUUCAGCUCAGAGAAUUUGGUUUUAAAUCAAACAGUAUCUUGUAUGAUAAAUUUAUCGUAUCUUAUAUCUGUCGUCACAUCACCCUUCUGUUUGGAGUUGUAUUGAUGUGCUGGGAGAAAUUUUUUGUUGGUCGCUCCUGUAAGUGUGCUACUUCACAGUUGUGGAGCUCGAAAGUUUGCCAUUUGCAAUGCGUGACAAUCCUACAGGAAAAGAAAGAAAAAAAAAAGGAAGAAAAUACUUUGAUAUAUGCUUUAGAGGGAGUUGCGCAUUGUUUUGUGGUCGCGUUUGCCGUUUGCAGAUCCAAUUUGGCGGCUCUAAGACCCAAUCUGAUAGCGAAAAGUUCAAUUUUAGUGUGAAAAAAGAGGAACAGGAAAGACUAGACUAAAAACCCUCUAGCUGAAGGAAUGACGUACUUGAUUUGAACCGAGUCAUCACCGCUGCUCUAUAAAAAGAUUUGGGUGCAUUUUAUGUUCGUAGAAUUUGGUUUGUUUGGUUAACAUGUCUUGUUUCCUUUUUUUUCUGUUCCAGAAGAGCAAGAAGAAGAAAAAUACUCCGGUACAUGAUGAAUUUUAG